AUGUACAGCUUCAAUACUCUUCGACUCUACCUUUGGGAGACCAUUGUAUUCUUCAGCCUUGCUGCUUCGAAGGAGGCUGACGCUGCCCGCUCCGCACCCAAGCCUAUGUCACCCUCGGAUUUCCUGGAUAAGCUCAUGGGGAGAACCUCUGGAUACGAUGCCAGGAUCAGGCCCAACUUCAAAGGUCCCCCGGUGAAUGUGAGCUGCAACAUUUUCAUCAACAGCUUCGGCUCCAUUGCUGAGACAACCAUGGACUAUAGGGUCAACAUCUUCCUGCGGCAGCAGUGGAACGACCCCCGGCUGGCCUACAAUGAGUACCCGGAUGACUCUCUGGACCUGGACCCAUCCAUGUUGGAUUCCAUCUGGAAACCCGACCUGUUCUUCGCCAAUGAGAAGGGGGCCCACUUCCACGAGAUUACCACAGACAACAAACUGCUGAGGAUCUCCCGGAAUGGAAAUGUCCUCUAUAGCAUCAGAAUCACCCUGACACUGGCCUGCCCCAUGGACUUAAAGAAUUUCCCCAUGGAUGUCCAGACGUGUAUCAUGCAACUGGAAAGCUUUGGCUAUACCAUGAAUGACCUGAUCUUCGAGUGGCAGGAGCAGGGAGCUGUGCAGGUGGCAGAUGGACUAACUCUACCCCAGUUUAUCCUGAAAGAAGAGAAGGACUUGAGAUAUUGCACGAAGCAUUACAACACAGGGAAAUUCACCUGCAUUGAGGCCCGGUUCCACCUGGAGCGACAGAUGGGCUACUACCUGAUCCAGAUGUACAUUCCCAGCCUGCUCAUCGUCAUCCUUUCAUGGAUAUCCUUCUGGAUCAACAUGGAUGCCGCGCCAGCCCGUGUGGGCCUGGGCAUCACCACUGUGCUCACCAUGACCACCCAGAGCUCUGGCUCCCGAGCAUCCCUGCCCAAGGUGUCCUAUGUGAAAGCCAUUGACAUUUGGAUGGCGGUGUGCCUGCUCUUCGUGUUCUCAGCCCUGCUUGAGUAUGCCGCUGUCAACUUUGUGUCUCGGCAGCACAAAGAGCUGCUCCGAUUCAGGAGGAAGCGAAGACAUCACAAGAGCCCCAUGCUGAAUCUGUUCCAGGAGGAUGAGGCCGGAGAAGGCCGCUUCAACUUCUCUGCUUAUGGGAUGGGCCCAGCCUGUCUGCAGGCCAAGGAUGGCAUCUCAGUCAAAGGCGCCAAUAACAACAAUACCACCAACCCCCCUCCCGCACCGUCUAAGUCCCCAGAGGAGAUGCGAAAACUCUUCAUCCAGAGGGCCAAGAAGAUUGACAAAAUAUCCCGCAUUGGCUUCCCCAUGGCCUUCCUCAUCUUCAACAUGUUCUACUGGAUCAUCUACAAGAUUGUCCGCAGGGAGGACGUCCACAACCAGUGA